UUUUGCUGUUUACAUUUAUAUAUAUAUUCAGUUCUUUAUUUAUGUCAUACGUGAAGUUUUUUGUCAAUUAAUAAUCGUUGUCCGCUUGAUAAACAAAAAUGGAUUUUAUUGACGAUUUCAUAGAAGAGUACAAGAGCAAUCCGUGCUUGUGGAAAGCCGAUUCAGUUGAUUUUAGAAACCGAAACAAACGACAAGAAGCAUAUUUAAGAUUAAUUGCUGUAGCUACUAAACAUGGAGAGCUAUACAACGUUGAAAGAACUAAACAGAAAAUAAACAAUCUUCGAUGUGCAUUUCGUCACCAGCUGCGAAAGUACAAUGAAGUUAAGAAGAAAGGUGAAAAGUAUGAGCCGUAUUGCCCCAAGCGGAGAUACUUUGAAUCUCUUAUGUUUCUGAAGGACGAGGAGAUUCCCGAGAAAAAAAUCAAGCGUGAAGACAACCUACCCUUACAGCAGCAAAAUACAGAUAUAACUGUAGCACAGCCGGAACCUCUCGAAGAAUAUUCGGAUGCUGAGAGCUUGCCCAAACAAAUGAAAAGCGAUAAUAAAUUAUCACCGAGCAACAGCAAUAGCGCCAACGAUUUCUGUGCCAAUUUAUUCGAGGAAACAGAAGUUGAUCCAAAUUUCAGCAUCCAACCUGUAAACUCUUCCAACAAUCAGACAACAAUCAAGGAAGUGGAGGUUAUAUUGCCGACCGACAAUAGUAAUAUAUCCGAGAGCAGAAAAUCAUUUAAUAAUUCCAUCAACACCAACAACAAUAGCUCGCUGAACGAUAAGAUUAACUCCACAGUCCACAUUAUCGAAUCCAAUCGCGAUAAACGUGCGCGAUUCAUCAAGAAUAAUCGGAAACGCACUUCGUCCGCAUCCUCACAGGUCUCAAAUGAUAAUCCGGAGACAACGCCACCUGGGAAAUGCAGGGCCGACAUUUCCAACAUCGAUUUCGAUCGUCUCUUUUCGUUAGCUCUUAAGAAUGCCGAUAAUCAAUUGGAUGAUUAUUUUACGAAUUUUGGCAAAGUAGUAGCCCACAAGCUGCGCUCCAUGGAUCACACACAAGCGAUCUACGCUGAGAAAAUAAUCGCCGAUGUUCUCUAUCAGGGCCAGAUGAAAAUGCUAUCCGCAAUAAGUAUAACCCAAUUUCUAGGUGUAGAUAAUGCAACUGUUUAUGUUGAAAGUCCUCCAAAAUAAUUGUUCUCAAAAUAAAAAAAAACUAAUGUUAUACACAAAAUAAAAUAAUUCACUGAAAUUAU